AUGGAGAUCAAGGACUUGACGCCAGCACAAUGUGUGCUCCUGACGGUCCACCUGGCCACCGAGUCGAACAUCAAGGCCCUACACUCCUUCACGCCCACCCGCCCCGAUGCGCUCGAUCCAGAACUGGUUCUGCGAAUACUCCUAACAUCCCUGCCCGAAGCCCUUGACCCUCACGAAUACACUGGCUAUGUGGGAGAAGUCGCCUCUCGCCUAUACAUCGACACCGAACGCGAAGAUGUGGACGUCAACACAGCACCUGUGGCCCAACUUAGCAACGAGCAGGCGGAGAAGCGGGUCAAGAAGCUGCACCUGUUGCCCAUCCUGCCAACGAACUUUCCGCCUCAUGCGCCCAAGGAUCUUCUCACGCGCUUCGUGUGCCAUCGUGCGUACCGCAUCGACUCGGAGACGGGCUUGCUCAGCCUGGUCCCCGCCCUGAUUGAGCCGUUCAUGGACCGCAACCCCUUCAUACGCACGUGGUACAUCUCCGUCGUGCUUCCUCUGCUGCGAAUGAGCUUCGAGUACUACCCGGACGACGACACACGAUCGAUGUCAUUAGCCGACUUCGAGAAACUCAGCGGGAGAGAUGGCGUGGAAGCUUUGCUGCAAAGGGCAUCGGCGACGAACACACAACAGGCGACCAGGCUACCGGACAAGGAGCAUGUAGGCCGUGAUGUCAAGAGCUUGGUUGGGCCGUGGAUGUACGGCCAUACAGAGCGGAAACGGAGGCGCCUGGAUCAUGACCAGCACGAUGCUAGUGAGGAAGUGAUCAAGAUGUCGGAAGGUGUGCGAAAGAUACGUCUCGACGGCGUCAAGUAUGGGGACAGAACUGGGCAUGACUGGGAGUACAUGUACGAGUGGUUGGUCAAGCACGCAGUCAAGAACUUUGACAUUGUCUCGCAAGCAGUCGACGACUGGGACGGUCCUGCGGAUAUCGAUCUUGGAGGUUAUGAUCGCGCAGGAUUCCAGUAUCUCGAUGAAGACGAGCAGCAAAAGCUCGAGCUGCAGUAUGCACAGGCUGCUUUCGCUAGCUGUUACGCCGCUCAAGACGACACUCCGGAGACCGUUCGCAGGGCACACAAUGUUCUAGCCAAACUGGCAGAACUUCUCGACUUUGUUCCACCACCGGAUCUUGCUUCCAGCGUAGACUCUUUGCCCAAGGUCGAGCGACAUGCCACGAAACUGGAGCAAUCGCAGACCGUGGCCGACCUGUUUCCUGAGGCACUGUUGCGAUCCGAACAUCCAUUGACCACGCCAAGGGUGGAGACGUAUAUGCUUCUGCAGAUGAUGGUCUACAGUGCCUACCAGUUCUCCGGUCUAGGAUAUCCACUGUCUCUGGUCAAUGUCACAAAACUACACUUCUAUGCAUCGGCGGAAGAGCAGCUCGAUGUGUUGAAGAAGAUCCUUCGACAUCUAACCAAGACUGGAUCUCGGAAAGACGACGCGCAAUGGAUGUCUGACAGAGCAAAGCUCCUGUGGCUCUGGAAUUGGGGCAUCGAUGCCGACACGGAGAAUCCCGAUGCUGGUGCCGGUGUAUUGGGCAAGAUUCAGAAAGACGACUUUGAGGAGGAGAUGCUCAAAGCUUUCACUGAGACCAGCUUGGAAGAUGUAGACCCAGUCCAGAAUACCAAUGCACUCGGUGGCUUGGAAGAUAAAGACCUCAGCUUUCCAUUCAUAGUCCUUGAGGAAGACAAAUCGCGAUUGCAAGGAUUCAACGACGAUUCGAAGGGUUGUCUGCCGCCAGCCCGCUUUGAACGUGUGGUGCUCGACAAGGUUAUGGAAUCUUAUGACAGCGCGUCAAAUGGUAACAAGAACAGAGGUGGUGUCAAGAAGGCCCAUGAUAUCAUUACCGCUUUUCGACAGUACUUUCCGAACAGUACGCAAUUUUCACAGGCUUCGGCUCUCAUUGCGGCAACACACGCGCUGUCGUUCUACUCUCUAACCCUUCAGCACGGCGUACCGUUCCAGCCUGUCAGCAUCCGAGUUAGUCAGGAUCCACUGUCCCUUGUGGACAAGGUCCUCGAGCAGAAUCCGCGCAGCUACACAAAGUUGGACGAUCUCAUCGACAUUGCUCGGAAUCUGGUCUCAGCUGGGCUGAUCGAUCAAGAUGAUGAAACAGCCACUGCGGCAGGUGGGCAUGAGACGGCAGUAGAAGCUCUUGGCAAGCGAAUCAAGGACGCGGAGCGCAGAGUCAUCUUCAUGGCCAUCGAAGCAUCUCUGCGAGAAGAAGACUUCGAGACAGCCUACUCGUACAUCGUCAACAGACUGACUCCCCCUGGCGCCGACAUCGACGCGCCUAGAACGAAAGACAGCGCAGCGCAGAAGCCCGGCCACGGCAAGAGCUCGAGUCGCGGGAAGAACGAGCUCAGCGACGACGACAUAUCAUGGCGAGCAGCCUUCCUAGCAGGGCGUUACCGUGGUGCCACAGCAUCACCACCUACCCUCCGCCGCCUCGAGCAGCGCACAGAACUGCUAUCGCUAGCACUCUUGCUAGCACCCGUCUCAUCACUAACCGAGAUCCUGGCAGCAUGGCGUCGUUGCGAAGAAGAAAUGACAACCCUCCAACAAUCCCAACAACAAGCCGAAGACGACUUCGACGACCGCGCAGACAAGCGUAUCAGUGGAGGAGGAGCAUCAAGCGCGCUCCCUGGCAACUUCACAGUAUCCGGCGAGCAGCCCGAACUGAUCCUCAACCAGAAACGACGGGAGAUGGGGAGAAUGGGCGCCUCCAAUAUGGAUCCCAACGACGCUCCCGUUAGUAUGUUCGACCUUACACGAAAUGUUGCACAGGCUUUCAGCAAGGGUGCGUUCCCGCUUCGCAACGCUGCGAGGAGUUCUGGCGAGCAGGAGCGGAGUAUGCACGAGUCCACUGGCAGUCUGAGUAGCGACCGGCCGAUUAGUCCUAGCGAUGAGCAGUCUAGGGUUAGGAAGAGGGAUAUGGUGGCUAAUGCUGUUAGUGGUGGUUUAGCGAGUGGGCUUGGAUGGGUUUUGGGUGCGGCUCCGGCGAAUCAACAACCACAACAGCAUCAGUAUCAGCAUCAGCAGCAAUAG